UCUCUAAGUACACGUAUCCGUUGACCAAAAUUGAUUUAAUAAAAAGCAAUUAAAAACAUAUUGCAUUAUUAUCGCAACGCUUGUUGAUUCUAAUAGUUUUGUUCGCGGAGAAACUUCUUAUACAUAAUUUAGUAAUAUUACAAAUUUUCUGAUAAGACAUAGGGAUUGAUAUAAGGAUGGUGGUGUUUCGUUUAUCAUUUGCUCUGAUUCUACUUUUAAAUGUAGUUUUCUUGGCAUAUGGUAUUCCCAAGCCAGAUGAUGAGGAAAUUAUUGAUGGUGACACACUACACACUCCAUUAGAUCAUGAUUCAGAUGGCGAGAAACAUUUUGAAGGUGGUCAUCACAACAAACAGUAUGAUCAUGAAGCCUUCUUGGGUGAGGAUGAAGCAAAAUCAUUUGAUCAACUAGCGCCGGAAGAGAGUAAACGACGUUUGGGACUCAUCGUUGAUCGAAUUGAUGAUGACAAGGAUGGAUUUGUAACACUUUCGGAGCUCAAACGAUGGAUUGAAUAUACACAACGUCGUUACAUAGACGAAGAUGUUAACCGUACGUGGAAAAUGCAUAAUCCAGACAACAAUGAUACAAUCAGCUGGGAGGUUUACCGGGAUAAUGUCUAUGGCUUUUUGGAUACCAUGGACAAAGAAGAAAUUGAAAACGAUGAACAUAGCAUGUCUUUUAAACGCUUACUAAAACGGGAUCGUCGACGUUGGGGAGUUGCUGAUAAAGACUUAGACGAUAAACUAACACGUGAAGAGUUCACCGCAUUUUUACAUCCAGAAGAUCAUCCCAUCAUGAAAGAUAUAGUACUAACGGAAACAAUUGAGGACAUUGAUACCGACGGAGAUGGGAAAAUUAGUGUAGAUGAAUACAUUGCAGACAUGUAUCGUAAUUCUGAACCAAACGAUGAAGAACCUGAAUGGGUUAAAAGUGAAAGGGAAGGCUUUGCUAAAUUUCGUGAUAUAAAUGGGGACGGCUUUUUGGACCGUGAGGAGGUGCGCACUUGGAUCGUGCCGAAAGAUUUUGAUCACGCCGAGAGUGAAGCAAAACAUCUGGUAUUUGAAGCGGAUACUGAUGACGAUGAAAAACUAACGAAGGAAGAAAUUUUGGAAAAAUAUGACGUGUUCGUUGGUUCUCAAGCGACUGAUUUUGGCGAGGCGUUAGCGCGUCAUGAUGAAUUCUAAAUUAAAUAUUUUUGAAAAUUCGUAAUGCCACAAAGAACAAAUUAUCUAUCUCGAAUUGAAAGAAUCAAUGUUUAUUAUCUAAUAGUAGUACUAUAUUAGUAUAAAAGUUUUCAUGUGUUAACACUUGCCUUUUGUAACUCGUAAUAAUCUAAACUCAUUAACAUAAAUAAUAAGUUUAACCGGCACAAACUAUUAAUGUACGUUUAAACCCGUUGGACUCCAAAUUACUUUAUGUUACUUAAAUGUGCCAAAAAUGUUCAUUAGAUGUACUAUAAUUUCUACUAAUAUUUACAUAUUUAAUGUAAAGAUGCUUUGAAAAAGUGUAUAAUUCAAAUAUUUGCAUAAAUAUUUAAGAAUGUGCAUUUGGCUUCACAAGUUUAAUAAAUCUGUAGAUGCAUUAUACUUGUAAUAAAUGCCAAAUACAACUAUGGAA